UUGAUUGCAUUUGUUUGUUGCGGGAAAAAUAUAAUUGCCGUGCAGCCGUUUUGAAUGUAUAUAAAUGAUUUCCCACAUACAUUUUGUUUAAUGUACAGAUAAGUCAUGUGAAAUAAAUUUCAAGACAUUUCUGAUAUAAUGAAAUUGUCAACGCCGAGAUAUACUUUUUGUUUGUUUUUUCAGUUUACUUUUAUUUUCAUCGAUUUAGUUUUCAACUGCGUUAGUUUAUUUCCCAGAAGUCGCGAUGGCCUUCUUGUUUUAUUCAUAUUUCAAGAUCUGUUUUUGGUACUAUCCAUCACAACAUUGCUGAUGACAUUUUUCUCAACAUAUCUUUUUCAAGCGGGUCUGGUGGAAGUGCUGGUGCGCAAGUUCCGGGUGUGCGGCGCGGUGUGCGCGGCGUACGUGUGCGCGAGCGUGGCGCUGCACGCGGCGUGGCUGCUGCAGCGCUGGCGCUCCGCCCCCGCCGCCGCCUCGGCGCCCGCGCUCCUCGUGUUGUUCACUUUACACAGAUGUAUGUCUCCAUGGUACUACUUCUUCUACAAGCGCGCGGCGCUGCGAGUGAGCGACCCGCGUUUCUACGAGGACAUGGACUGGAUCAACAGACGGGUGCAGCCCAACUGAACAUCUAUGACAACUCCGCACAAAAGAGCUUUUACUAGAGUGGAUACUCGAUAAGACUAAAGUAGCUACAUUACAUAAAAACCUAGU